CCCACACGAUAUGGGUGAGGUCAGACGUCACUUUCCGAGCGAUGGUCUCGUGGCUGUGUUAAGGGCAGGAGCGCGCCUAUGCAGUUCAGUUCUUUGUGUAGAACAAGCGCUGUUUUGUAUCUACAGUUUAGAAUCCUCCCUGCUGCAGGAAAAACCGGAGUAGUAUCUACACCGUUAUCACAGUGCCGAAUUUGCUUUAAAUAUGAGUACCGUUGUCUACUCUCAUAGAAACCAGGUUAUAAUGCGGGAUUAUCACAGAAGAACCACUUUUCUAUAGCCACUGUGCUCCUAAAGACUUGAUUACAUCAGCUUUAAGCCUGAUAGUUUGUAUUGGAACCACCGCUGCCUGAUCUAGGGGACACAUUGUCGGACAGCAUUUCUUCUCACUCCCUUCUCUAAAAAAGAUUCAGGAUCCUGGUCUAAUUUUCCGGUGCCUUGGAUUUUUCUUGGCUUUUCUCCACCUGUCGCCAAACUUGUGUUGUCAUUACAUCCUUUUUUAGGUUUUUAAAAAGGUAACAAAAUGAUUCCCAACGGAUAUUUAAUUUUUGAAGAUGAAAGUUUCCUUGAUUCGACAGUUGCCAAAAUGAACGCUCUCCGCAAGAGUGGACAGUUCUGUGAUGUCAGACUUCAAGUCUGUGGGCAUGAACUCAUGGCUCACCGUGCUGUCCUCGCUUGCUGCAGCCCCUACCUUUUUGAAAUCUUCAACAGCAACCCUGACUCCCAAGGGGCCUUCCAUGUGAAGUUAGAUGACCUGAACCCUGAGGCAGUUGAAAUAUUGCUGAACUAUGCCUACACUGCGCAACUGAAAGCUGAUAAGGAACUGGUUAAGGAUGUAUACUCGGCAUCAAAGAAGCUAAAGAUGGACAGAGUAAAACAGAUAUGUGGUGAUUAUUUAUUGUCAAAGAUGGACUGCCAGAGUUGCAUCACUUACCGUAACUUUGCAAGUUGCAUGAGAGAUGGACGCCUCUUGGAAAAGAUUGAUUCAUACAUCCAGGAACACCUGUUGGAAGUUUCUGAGCAGGAUGACUUUCUCAAACUCCCCCGACUGAAGUUGGAGGUAAUGCUUGAAGACAAUGCCAGUCUGCCUAGCAAUGGUAAACUGUACUCCAAGGUAAUCGGCUGGGUGCAGCGCAGCAUCUGGGAGAACGGAGAACAUCUGGAGAGCCUGAUGGAGGAGGUUCAAACGCUGUACUACUCAGCUGAUCACAAACUGCUUGAUGGGAAUCUGCUUGACGGACAGACUGAGGUGUUUGGCAAUGAUGACCACAUCCAGUUUGUUCAGAAGAAGCCUCUUCGUGAGAAUGACCACAGGCAGAUGAGCAACAGCUCCUCUGGAAGUCUUUCUCCAAGUGCUGCGAUGCAGCUGUGCAAGCACGAGUGGAAAUACAUUGCCUCAGAGAAGACAACAAACAACACCUACCUGUGCCUGGCUGUCCUGAACGGAGUGCUGUCUGUGAUCUUCCUGCAUGGCCGCAACAGCCCCCAGAGCUCCCCGUCCAGCACCCCUUGCCUGCUGAAGAGCAUGAGCUUCGAGGUGCAGCUCGAGGAGCUGGAGGAGAAGUUGUUGUCGCCCAUGCAAUAUGCUCGCUCAGGGCUCGGGACUUCAGAGCUCAAUGGCAAGCUGAUUGCAGCAGGAGGUUACAACCGUGAGGAGUGCCUUCGCACAGUGGAAUGCUAUGAUCCCAAGAAAGACUGCUGGACUUUCAUUGCUCCGAUGAGGACACCCAGAGCGCGCUUCCAGAUGGCGGUGUUAAUGGGUCAGCUGUAUGUGAUGGGUGGUUCAAACGGACACUCCGAUGAACUGAGCUGUGGAGAGACAUAUGAUCCAAAUGCUGAUGACUGGAUUCAGGUGCCAGAGCUACGUACAAACCGCUGCAAUGCAGGUGUUUGCUCGUUAAACAAUAAAUUGUACAUUGUGGGUGGAUCAGAUCCAUAUGGACAGAAAGGCCUGAAAAACUGUGAUGCAUUUGACCCAGUUGCUAAAUCCUGGACAAACUGUGCUCCUCUUAACAUACGGAGACACCAGGCAGCAGUGUGUGAGCUUAAUAACUUCAUGUACGCCAUCGGAGGCGCAGAGUCCUGGAACUGUCUUAACACGGUGGAACGUUACAACCCUGAGAACAACACUUGGACGCUCAUCACUCCCAUGAAUGUGGCUCGCCGUGGAGCAGGAGUUGCCAUCUACGAGGGGAAGUUGUUUGUGGUUGGUGGGUUUGAUGGCUCUCGUGCCUUGAGUUGUGUGGAGAUGUACGACCCGGCGAACAAUGAGUGGAAGAUGCUGGGCAGCAUGACUUCAGCUCGGAGCAACGCUGGUGUGGCUGUGCUGGGGAGGCUUAUCUUGGCAGUGGGAGGCUUUGAUGGCAAUGAGUUCCUGAACACCAUUGAAGUGUAUAACCCUGAGACCAAUAAGUGGAGUCCUUUUGCCAAAACUUUCAACUUCAAUUGAAUGUUUGCAGAACCUAUUUCAAACUAACAGGCUUAGUGAUGUAAUUGUGUUUUAGUGGAGCUGUACAUGUGAGCUGGGUUGAGAGGGGAGUUAGAAUCUGCGGGCGGGGGGGGUUGGGUUGCUGAUGGCAACAUAAAGCCUUUGCAUAUUGCAUAAAAUAUUUUUUGCUGUAAUAUAGUGUUUUUUUUUUAUAUAAUUCUGAAACAUUAGGUCACACACUUCUUGCAGGUUUGCACAAUGGUUUGUUAUUAGAAAAUGUAAUAAAUAUUGAGUUGAGGGGAAGGCCGGGAGAACUUAAGUAGAGCUAUUUGGAGGGGGGAGGGGGGAGGGGGGAGGGGGGAGGGGGGGGGCAAGAAGAAGCCUUAUUCAAAGAAAUUAUAUAUAAAUAUGGUUUAAUGUCAUUUUUAAAGUAAAGGCUCAAAUGCUUGCCAAUACACUGGUAUCUUUUGAUGGCCUUUUACAUAUCAUUUUUUUUUUUUUUUUUUUUUUUUUUUUUCACAGCAAUUUACCAAUAGAUUUGAAACAAGUGGCAGGUGCAAAUGUUUUGAAGCAUUUAAAUGAAAUGGUAAGAAGGAAGUGGCAUUCGCUUGCACUCCUGAUCUUUUGCUUCUGCUGCUUCAAAGAGAAGUACUUUUAGUACUGACAUUACGCAGAUUCUUCAUUUUGGUUUCAAUUGAUUUUCUGAAUGUUGAAAAUGUACUUAUGAUUCAGUAUUUUAAAAGAUUUCUUUCUCUCGUUUUGAAUUUCUAGAAUAAAUUUAGAUGUGAAUUGUUACAAGCUGAUAACAUUUGUAAAACUAAUAAACAAAUUUCAACCCAAA